AUGGACGCCCAACAAACAACACCGUUUUACCGUCUCUGGCAGACAGACAACCAGCACAUCCGCGACCGCAUCCUAGGCCUUCUCCCACGCGAGGAUGUUGCCGCCCUGCGCCUCGCCUCCUCUGCAUGCUGCAACGUCACGACCAAGCGCCUCUUCAAGCGCAUCCAUGUCACCUUUACCCCCAACACCUUUACCAAACAGUCCCGCGUCCAUGCUCUCGCCCGCAUCGGCCACCAUGUGGAGCACCUGACGUUCCACUUUGCUCACUCACCCGCCACCUUCCUGCCGCCCCUCAUCCAUCCUCUGACCGGCGCCGAGAUCUCCUUUCUCUACACGCCGCACACCUCUAUGGCCUCAGUCCUCGCCCGCCCCAAGUACGCCAACACGGAGCUCGGCGAGAUUCUCACACAGCAGUACCCGCCCCUCUUUCACGCUGCCACCAACGUCCCCUCCUUUAUCAAUGCGCUCGCUCACGUGCCGAACCUCCGCCACCUCACCCUACGCACGCCCGGCCAGGACCCCCGCGAGCGCUACCGUCGCGAUGCCGUAGACUAUGCCCUCAUCAGCCUGCGCAUCGCCCUCGAGAGAAAUCCCCUGACCGCCCUCUCGCAGCUCUCCCUCGCCCACCUCCACCCGGCCGCCCUGCAGUACCUCAGGGCGGCUCCUGCCGCCUCGCUCGGCGCCCUGCCCUCCUCACCGCGCCGCUGGCGCCAGAUCCGCAAGCUUUCUCUCGCCGUCGAGAGUUGGGACUUUUCCGACACCUCGACCCCGGGCCGCGAUCACCUGCGCAUCAUGGACGACUACCUCCGCGCCAUGGCCCCCUCGCUCGAGAAGCUGUCCUUCACCUGGCUCGGCCUGCGUGGGGCCCUGCCCCCUCGCACUGCCUGCCGAUCCCCUCUUCGCGGCCCCCUCCUCGCGCGCCAGCAGGAAGCUCUUCAACGAAGUCACCUCGCCCAUGCUCUUGACGGGCUGGACUUCCUCGGCGAAGUCGACGGCGAUGAAGAAGAGAUCGACGAGAGAAGGAGGAGAGACGACCUCGAGGCUGAUCUCGUCAGCGAGAUUGCCGCUGCCAGGGAGGCGAGCGCUGCCUUCACGACGAAGCUCAAGAAGAAGCGCAAGGUGCGUAGGAGAGUGGAUGAGGUCGUCGUCGAUCAGCUAGACGUCAAGACCAAGAAGAGCGGCCACCGACACCGGGGGCCCUCGGACGCCGAACAAGAGGUCGAAUCGCGCGACAAGCAGCAUCACCGCCGUCACGGCAGCCGUCACAGGAAAAAGCGACACGCCGAGGACGACAAGGAGAGCCGCCCCAGCCCCGGCCCCAGCCGCAGCAACAGCGACCGCUCAAUCCUCCGCAAGCAGCCGUCCAACAUGUCGUCGACGGCGUCCGAGGUGGAGUGCCACCGCCCUGCCGGCCCGGCCCGCACGCUGUCCAACAUCAGCGCCCCCAUCAUGGACACCACCCAGCAGCCGGUUCUCCUGCAGCCCACGACGUACGACCCCAACCGUCGCCACGCCGCCGACAUGGACCCCGACGAGGGCAUCUCUUCUGUCCAGCGCAACAUUGAGCAAGAGGAAGCCCACCGUGUGCUGGCCGAGGACGCCGCCGCGCGGUCGAGCGCGCUGCAAAAGGCAAAGGAAGCCGUGCUGCUCAAGCUCUCGGCGCAGUUCAGUAGCAGCAGCAAAAAGCACGUGCCCUCCCACGGGCCCGACAGCUGCGCCAUGGCGGCGCGUCUCAGGGAGGGCCUGUUCGGCAAGAGCUACGUCAGCGUGCUGCCUGACGCGCGGAGCAUGUCGAGCCAGUCGGCACUGGUGCCCCUGAUGUUUACGAGGUCAUGA